UUCUUCUCUCUUCUCACCCACCAUCUCUCUCUCUCUGAUCCCUCUUCUCUGAUCUUCAAAAAAUAUACAGUGAAAUCAUAAUGGCCGUCGAUCUUAUGGGCUUUCCUAAGAUAGAUGAUAAAGCGGCUAUAGAGGAGGCUGCAUCGCAAGGUUUACAGAGCAUGGAGCAUCUGAUCCGUGUCCUCUCUAACCGUCCCGACAAACACAACAACGUCGACUGCUCUGAGAUAACCGAUUACACCGUUUCCAAAUUCAAAACGGUUAUUUCCCUCCUUAACCGUACAGGCCACGCCCGGUUCAGGCGAGGACCGGUUCACUCAUCUUCCUCCACCGCGGCGUCUCCUCAGAAACAACAGAGUCAGAUCGUUAAAAUCGCUCAAACGGAAGCUCCGAUAGUUUCUCAGCCGACGAGACCAGCGGCGGUUGUUGCGACACCGUCGAGGAUUGUUCAUUCGAAUCAGCCGAGCUUAACACUCGACUUCACUAAACCUACCAUCUUCGGAUCCAAGAGCUCUGAGAUUGAAUUCUCCAAGGAGAACUUCAGCGUCUCUUUAAGCUCCUCGUGCAUGUCGUCGGGGAUAACCGGCGACGGCAGCGUUUCUAAGGGAUCCUCAAUCUUCCUCACGUCGGCUCCGUCGCAGCCUGUCACUUCCUCCGGGAGGCCACCGUUAGCCGCUCAUCCUUAUAGAAAAAAAUGCCUCGAGCACGAGCACUCGCUCUCGGGGGACUUUUCCGGCAAGAUCUCCGGCUCUGGCUGCCCUUGCAAAAGACGUAGAAAAAAUCGGAUGAAGAGAACCGUGAGGGUGCCGGCGAUAAGCUCAAAGAUCGCCGAUAUUCCACCGGACGAGUAUUCAUGGAGGAAGUACGGUCAAAAACCGAUCAAAGGUUCACCACACCCACGUGGCUACUACAAGUGCAGUACGUUUAGAGGGUGUCCAGCGAGAAAACAUGUGGAACGAGCUUUGGAUGAUUCAACGAUGCUUAUCGUGACUUAUGAAGGAGAGCACCGUCAUAACCAGUCUGCGAUGCAGGAGAAUGUUUCUUCUUCAGGCGUUAAUGAUUUGGUGUUUGCUUCGGCAUGACUUUGACUUGUAUCUUUUUUUCUUGAGUAUUAGAGGGGUUGUUGGUGUGUAAAUCUUUUACUAAAAAAAUAUAUUUUGAUUAGAAACAAUUAAUCUGGUGAAAUGUAUUUUUACAAAAUAUUA